GUUUUGGUCAUUUUUGGUCCUCCGGAGCUGCCGUAGCUGUCAUGGCGUUCCUGGAAGGAGCCGUGUAUGCUGUUGGAUUUAUAUGUUUAUUAUUUAUUAUCCGUUUAUAUUAUAUUGUAAAGACUGGAUCAAACUAUAAGCCUGGAGCCAAAGGUCCGGUCGCUGUUCUGGUCGUAGCAGGGUCAGGUGGCCACACCACAGAGAUCCUGCGGCUGAUGGAGUCCCUCUCUGCAGGAUACACACCUCGACACUAUGUUAUCGCCGACACUGACAGGAUGAGUGAGGAGAAAAUCUGCUCCUUCGAAAGCUCUAAACAGAACUCAGACUCUGAGUCACAGUUCUCCAUCUGUCGGAUCCCACGCAGCCGGGAGGUGCUUCAGUCCUGGAGCUCCUCAGUUCUCAGCACCCUGCACGCCCUGCGCUUCUCCCUUCCUCUGGUGUUCAGACUCAGACCUGACGUGGUGCUGUGCAACGGCCCGGGGACCUGCGUUCCCCUGUGUGUGGCAGCACUCCUGCUAGGAAUUCUGGGAAUGAAGAAAGUCCUGAUAGUUUAUGUGGAGAGCAUUUGUCGGGUGCAGACGCUGUCGCUCACGGGGAAAAUCCUGUACCCAAUAUCAGACUAUUUCUUCGUGCAGUGGUCCUCUCUGAGAGACAAAUAUCCCAAGUCCAUUUUCCUCGGGAGAAUAGUGUGAAAACAUCUGUUACAUUUAAAUAUAAUAAAACACAUUAUAAUGUUUGCUGUAAUGCUUGUGAAUAAAUGCGCUAUUUUUUUA